CCAUUCGGUUAUCUGAGCACUCGACUCCUAAUGAAUACCGAACAGAUCUGAACAUCAUUUUUGCUAUUCUUUUAUAAAUAUAUUUAUAAUUAUAAUUAAAAUGAGUAUACAUUUGUUGCAGUGACAAAGAUGAUGUAGCAACGAUGUGCGCGCCGGCCACCGCGGCGCUCCUGCUAGCAGCCCUCGCUGCCUUGCCUUGUAGAGGCACCGACGCCGACGUCGCUUCGAAGAUUCUGAACGAGACCAACAACUACGAGGAGACCGGCUCCCUGCCCACGAUCAACAAACUAUAUCAAAUGUUACACACUAACUCUGACCUACAUAAUCAGAGCAAACUUGGCGAAAACUUUAAUUACUCUAGUGUUAAUCUAACACAUAGUUUUAACUUAUACAACAAUCUCAAGUAUCCGACUAGUACAGAUAAGAAUCUCGAAUGUUGUGUGAAUAUUGAUGAGGUUGACAGUACACACAAUGUUAGUUUAUCAAAUGAGGGUGCUAAAGUUAUUGUAAAUGAUGCGAAUGGACUCGGUCCUGAUGGUAAGCGGAAUAGGAAGAGGCGGGUUGUGAAUGUAGUGAGGACGUUCAUAGAGGUGACGACGAGCCAUACGAGGAGGUACCUGGAGGCCACGGCGCCCUCCCUGCCGAGCCAGCUGGCGGUCACCAUGGAGAGGAGGAGGAAGCCCGGGGAGACGGGCUCCAGCGCGCCGCUGCUCAACUACAUAUUCGACACGUACACCAACACACAUCAACAUCAUAAAAAUGAAAAGGUCGGGAACGGGAACAGCAUUUACGCGGCGGCGGCCCCCGAGAUAGAGGCGCUGGUGGGCUCCACCGCUCACUUAGACUGCAAAGUGGAUGCGCUUCAUGAUAAACUGGUAUCUUGGGUACGGCGAAAAAACGACGAAGAACCAAUGGAACUUCUGACAACGGGUACACAACAGUAUACUGCUGAUGACAGGUAUUCAGCACGUUUCAUCCCUCCGGACAUCUGGCGGCUAGAAGUGAGGGAGGUUCGUCCAACAGACGCCGCGCACUACGACUGUCAGUUGUCUGCGCACCCCCCACGCACUGCCAGAGUCACACUCAGAGUGCCAGAAGUAUCAGUGCGCAUAGUGGACGGCGCGGGCGCAGCGGUGUCGGAGCAGGUGUGCGAGCUGGGCAGCACGGUGGCGCUGCGGUGCGAGGUCAACGGCCUCAAGAUGGAGGGCGGCCCUUCUCUGCUGUGGUACAGGAAGGAUGACCUGCUCAAUGACGACACUACUAGGGGAGGUAUCAGUGUACGAACAGAGUUCGGUUCAAAUGGUGCGAACUCCGUUCUACGCGUGGCGCGCGUGCGCGGCGACGAUGCAGGCCGCUACACUUGCGCUGUUGCGCGUGCGCCGCCACCAUCCCCACCACCGGCCUAUGUCAUUCUGCAUGUCAUCAAAGGCGAGAGUCUAGCUGAGCUACACCAGGGCAGCCCCCGAAUCUACUCAUCAUCACCGUGGCUCCUAACACUGGCGCUGUGCGUCCUUUUACAAGCCUAAUAUAAAAUUUGUUUAUUAAUAAAUUGUUCGUAUUUAAAUAAAUGUUUUAUUUUCAAUCCUUUUCCAGUAGGAAAGGUCUUUAUCCACACAUUUAAUGAGUUUUUAUAGCAUUAUUUCAAGUAAACCUAACUACGCUCGUGGCUCGAAUUGAAAUAAAGAACAAAACAAUCAAAUCAUAAAUAUCAUUCCUUUAAACCAGAUGCCUAAAUGAAUUCUCAACUAACGGAGCACAGAUUCAAAACCAAUCUAUCACAAACACAACUGACCGAAUUUAAAAACUGACCGAUUCACUAUUAAAUGACACGAAUCAUUUUGACAUAUUCCUCAUCUCCCCAACAUAGUCCCAAAAGAAGAAGAAGAAGACAAUUACUUCAAUAAAACCGCGACCAUAAUCUUUUAAUCCCCUAACUUGACGAAUAAAGCGGUCAUUGUUACUAAGUGUAACGUUUUUCCCGGUUCCCCACAAC